AUGACACGCUCCUCAGACAAAGAGCUCAACGGGCUAGAUAACCCCAGCUUUGUGGGUGAAGAUGGGAACUACUACUGCUCCUUGCCGGACCGCACUGCCCAGGGCCCAGAGGAAGGUGGGGUCAAGGGCCAUGGCAGCAGCAAGCUUGCCUACACCAUCACGGAGGUGCCCCCCUGGUACCUGUGCAUCCUGCUGGGCAUUCAGCAUUUCCUGACAGCCAUGGGAGGUCUCGUAGCCAUCCCGCUGAUUCUCUCCAAAGAGCUUUGCCUCCAGCACGACCUCCUCACCCAGAGCCACCUGAUCAGCACCAUCUUCUUUGUCUCAGGGAUUUGCACCCUGCUGCAAGUCCUCUUUGGAGUCAGGUUGCCUAUUAUUCAAGGAGGGACUUUUGCAUUCCUGACCCCCACCCUGGCCAUGCUGUCUCUCCCCAAGUGGAAAUGCCCUGCCUGGACACAGAAUGCCACCCUGGUGAAUGCCUCUUCACCAGAGUUCAUCGACGUCUGGCAGACGCGGAUGCGAGAGGUGCAAGGAGCUAUCAUUGUAGCCUCCUGCUUUCAAAUCUUCGUUGGAUUUUCUGGCCUAAUCGGAUUUCUGAUGAGGUUCAUCGGCCCCCUGACAAUUGCCCCCACCAUCACCUUGGUUGCGCUACCUCUCUUUGACUCGGCUGGGGACGAGGCUGGGCAGCACUGGGGCAUAGCGUUCAUGACUAUUGCUUUCAUAGUUCUGUUCUCUCAGUACCUGAAAGAUGUCCCUGUGCCGCUGCCGUCUUACCAGAGAGGCAAGGGGUGCCACCUCUCCCCAGUCUACCUCUUCCAGAUCUUCCCGGUGCUGCUGGGGCUGUCCUUGAGCUGGCUGCUCUGCUACGUGCUGACGGUGACCGACGUCCUCCCUGCAGACCCCACUGCCUAUGGCCACCUGGCCCGGACGGACACUCGUGGGGACGUUUUGUCCCAGGCUCCCUGGUUUCGGCUGCCUUACCCAGGCCAGUGGGGAGUGCCAACCGUCAGCCUGGCUGGGAUAUUCGGCAUCUUAGCCGGAGUGAUUUCCUCCAUGCUGGAGUCCGUGGGAGAUUACUACGCCUGUGCCCGCCUGUCCGGGGCCCCACCACCGCCCAAGCAUGCCAUCAGCCGCGGGAUUGGGGUGGAAGGCAUCGGCUGCCUCCUGGCUGGGGCCUGGGGGACAGGGAACGGCACCACGUCGUACAGCGAGAACGUGGGGGCCCUGGGUAUCACCAAG